GUGUGUGUUGUGGGAGGGGGUAGACCUAAGUUCCCUUUUCCAUCAUCCAUCCAGAGAGAGAGAGAGAGAGAGAGAGAGAUAUGGCUGAAAUUGCAGUCAAUUUACUAGCGAAGAAAUUGAAGGAGUUACUGAGCUCCAAGAUCGAUAUGAUUUUGGAAGAGAAGGAUCAAAUUCAAAUCCUUUAUGAGGAUCUACAAUUGCUGAGAACAAAUCUGAAUGAUUUGCAGGUGAAGUUUUUUGAGCACGAACAAGUGAAAAAUCUGGAGGCACGAAUUAGAGAUUUGGCGUACGAGGCAGAAAAUACGAUCGACUGGUUCCUAGUUAAUUUUUUCUCGAGGAAGAAUAUUGAGCUGGAAGAGAUAAUGAAGGAUGAUUCGGAGGAAGAGAUAAUGAAGGAUGAUUCAUUCAUCACUUUCUUGAACAAGAUUCUGUAUCCAAAGAAGAUAAAAAAGGAUCACUCAUUAAAAGAUGAAAUAAAGGAGGAUGAUCACUCAUUAAAUCUUGAGCAUGUCAAAGAAGAGAUUGAGGCCAUCAAAACUGAGAUGAUGGAAAUUUCUGACUCGGGUUUGGAAGCCAUACUACAAGUUGGAAGUUGUUCCAGCAGUGGAGACUCAGACUCAUCAAAAUCAAACACAAACACUUGGGGUGUAGGGGAGGAAGAAAUAAUGGUGGGAUUUGAGGACGAGGCAAUGAGCUUAAAGGAGCAACUUACUGGAGGAUCAAAGCAGCUACAGGUUAUUUCCAUUGUUGGGAUGGCUGGACAAGGUAAGACUACUUUGGCUACAAAACUCUAUAAUGAUCCUCUUGUCGUGUACCACUUCUAUAUUCGUGCUUGGACAUCUGUCUCCCAAGAGUAUCGAAAGAGGGAUUUGUUAAUUCGCCUUUUAAGUUGUGUUAUGAAGCAUACGAAUGGAAUUGAUCAGAUGGGCGAUGAGAAAUUAUGUGAAAAGUUGUACAAAAGCUUAAAGGGUCAGACAUAUUUCAUUGUGAUGGAUGAUAUAUGGGAUACUAAGGCCUGGCCAAAGCCAAUAGCCCUCCUCUAUUAUUUUUUAACCCAUAAUGAAAGUUGGGAUCUGUUUCAACACAAGGUGUUUGGAAAAAGAGAAAAUUGCCCCCCGGAGCUCAUGGAGAUAGGAAAGCAAAUAGCCAACAAGUGUCAGGGACUACCUUUGGCAAUUGUUCUGGUAGCUGGAAUUCUUACAAAUGAAGAGAAGAGCCAAGGCCGAUGGAAGCAAGUAGGAGAAACCUUAAAUUCAACUUUAGCUGCCGAUCCACAACUAUGGAUGAAAACACUAGAACUGAGUUACAAUCACUUACCUGGUCAUUUGAAACCGUGUCUUCUCUAUUUUGGAGCAUUUCCAGAGGACUACCAAAUUCGAGUGGAGAAGUUGAUUUGGUUAUGGGUUGCUGAGGGAUUUAUAACAAAGACAGGUGAAAAAAGAUUGGAGGAUGUGGCAAAAGAAUACUUGAUGGAUUUAAUUGGUAGAAGUCUCUUAUUAGUAUCCAAAAGAGGGUACGAUGGUGAAAUCAAAGCAUGUGGCAUCCAUGAUUUGUUGCGUGAAUUUUGCAUCAAGCAAGGUGAGGAAGACUUUUUUCUCCAACGGUUUUUGGGUUAUCAGCGGAUUUCGGUUUCAACCACUUCUGGCCAAAACAUCCGUUCUUUACUGUUCUUUAACUCUGGAUGUGCUGGAUCAUGGUAUCCUCGUUUCCUUUCUCCAAGCUUCAAGCUACUUAAGGUGUUAGAUACAAGUUUCAUCCAGAUUUUAAAAUACCCAAUUGAGGUAGAACAGUUAGUUCUCUUGAGGUACUUAACACUUGACAUCAUUAAAGAAAACCAAGAUUGCUAUUGUAAUGAGGAACGCACUGAGCGAUUAAUCCUCCCACCUUCCAUAUCCAAUCUCUGUUAUUUAGAAACCCUUAUUCUUCGUACAUCACGUAAUUCUGUUGAUUUACCAUGUUAUGUUUGGACCAUGGAAAACAUGAGGCACCUUUGUGUUAGUGGUAAUGGGAAAUAUCGUUUUUGUUUUCCUUACCUUACCUCCUUGGAUAACCGUCCCUUGUAUGAUAAUCUACAAACUCUCUCAUGGGCGUUUUAUCGAAAAGAAUUCUCGGUCAGGGCUCCUAAUCUGAAAAAGCUGGGACUUUAUGGAGAUAUGGUAGAUAAGAAAUCCUUGAUGUUUCCUGAUCUACACUUCCUAGACCACCUCCAAGAGUUGAAGUUGUGGAAUGAAGGCGUAUUUAACCAGAACGCACAUGUUUUGGGAAGAAUUAAGCUACCCCUUAAUCUAACAAAGCUAACUUUGAAGAAUACCUAUCUAAAUUGGGAUGAGAUGUCAACACUUGGCAAGUCACUACCCAACCUUGAGGGUCUCAAAUUAUCAUAUAGAGCUUGUAUUGGUAAAUGUUGGCAAACAAGUGAUGGGGAGUUUCCUCGACUCAAAUUCUUAAAAUUAAAGCAUGUACAAGUUGAUCAGUUGGAAGUUUCCAGUAAUCACUUUCCUGUGCUUCAGCGGUUAGUGUUAAUUCAAUGUAAUGGGCUUAAGAAGAUCCCAUCUGAAAUGGGGGAUAUACCCACACUACAGAUGAUUGAGGUGCAUUGGUGCCACCCUUCUCUUGCCAAUUUUGCCAAGGAAAUUAAGGAAGAACAAGAAAGUAUUGGAAACAAUUGGCUGCAGAUGAUUGAGUCCAACAAUAAUGUGCUUUAGUUGAAGUGAGCUAAUGAUGAAUGUGGAUGGAAGUGCUAAAGGCAAUCCCAAGCAACUGGAAUUGGUGGCUUAAUUGGUGAUGAACAAGCUGCUUGGAAGUUUAGAUUUCUGGGAAACAUAUUGAAAUUUUUGGCACCAGCAUUGAAGCAGAGCUCUGGGAAAUUAUGAGGGAUCUCACUAUUGUAAGGCACAAGAACCUUCAAAAUGUGAACAUGGAAACUCACUCUAGGGUAGCUGUGGCUCUAAAUUCUAAUUAUGGAACAUGGAAGCAACACCAAUCCCUUCAUGGGCAUCAUUAAAGAUUUGUAGAUUGCUCCUUAAUCGACUCAAUUGCAAACUGAUUCAUGUGUUAGGUGGUCUGUUAAAUGUUGAUCUUGUUGAGGUCAUGUACAUCAAACCCCAGUUUCUGUUUGUUUGUUUUGGUUGUUUUGUUCAAUUUCCCUUGUACCACAAAAAGAGAGUUUUCUUUCAAUUGGUGUUUCCUUGUUGUACAUACUAAUCUUAGGUUGGGUUGCAAUUCUUUUUUUAUGAACUUUUUUGCUUUUUUUAGGAUAAAAUUGCUGCUACAAAAACUG